UUCUGCAACACUGUUGAGUGAUUUGUGUUCAUCUUUUCUCGGUGAAAUAUUUCGAUCGAAAAUGAAAUAAUCUAACGAAAAGAGGACUAGAAAUAAAGGUUAAAUAAAAUUUAUAACUUUAAUAUUAUCAUCCUCCAAAAUAUGCCAAUACAGAAGUUUGGACUAAAUUAUAAAAGAUAACAUUGAUGCAAAACAAAAAUGUCUUCAAAUACAGUUUUUAUAAAAACAGAACCCGAAAACUAUGUUGAAAUAGAACUGAAUAAAAGCGAAUAUUGUGAUAUAAAUGGACAAGGUACUUCGGAAUCUGAUCAAGACCUAAAAGUUCCACGUAUUAAAAAUGAGCAGAAUGUGGAAUUCAUCACGAUAAAAGCUGAACCAUCAGAUUUUUAUGGUGCAGAUAGUGAAGACUUCUGUCCAAAACCUGAGAGCGCCAGUGUAAACAUUGAGAUUACUAUUAAACAGGAGGAACAAGGGAGGGAGGGUGGAAAUGGCCAACUUACUGCAUCUGGACUUUUUCCAACAAAUCCAGGGCUCUUCAUAAGUGAUGUGUCCAAUGAAAUCCUGAAUCUCAACUCUAAAAUAGAUGGAAAAUUUGUAUGUCCAAUUUGCCAAAAAACUUUUACACUUAAGGGUAACUUACAACGGCAUCUCACUAAUCACAAACGAGAGAAGUUCGAAUGCAACGUGUGUUUUCGACCGUUCUAUAAGAAAGAACAUUUGGAAAAACAUAUGAUAAAACACUUGAACAUAAAACACGCCUGCGAAACAUGCGGAAAAGAGUUUCGUUCUUUAUCUAGCUUGGAACAGCACAAGCGCACACAUUUAGGAAUUAAACCAUUUCAGUGCGACAAGUGUGAUCGGCAGUACACCGUAAAGACCAAUCUCAUCAAGCACCUAAGUGGGCCAGAGUGUAAGAAGAAGGAGCCGGAAGGUGAACUACAGUGCCACGUCUGUAACAAAAUGUUUUUAAAGAAAUUUCUACUUCAGAGUCAUUUGAAGCGACAUUCCACCGAGAGACCGUUCAAAUGCAGCAUCUGUCACUCAAAUUACAAAUACAAGUCCACCGUUCUCCGACACGAGCAACUGCACAAAGGCAUAAAACCUUACUCCUGCAAGAUCUGUCGCAAAACCUUUACCCACCCGGGCUUGAUCAAGCCGCACAUGCGAAAACACACAGGCGAAAAACCGUACCAAUGCGAUCUGUGUCUAAAAUGGUUUUCACACAAGCACAACUUGCAGCGACACAUGCCGAGACACAUGAAGAUCAAGCACGUAGUUUGUGACAUCUGUAGCAAAGUAUUCCCGAAGGAGAGUCGCUUGAAGUACCACAUGCGCACGCACACUAAGGAGAAACCGUUCGCGUGCUACGUGUGCCCGAAGACGUUCUCACACAAGCAAAAUAUCGUGAGGCACUACAGCCGGAAACAUCCCAACGAGAAGUAUGAGUGUACCUUCACCGAUGCGAGUGUAGCUAGGGAGUGCUGGGAUAAUGUGUUUAAACAAAAAAUGCUAAACGACAAGGCUAAAGAGGAUUUAAUAGAUGGAUGUUAAAAUAAUGGUUACAAUACUUUAGCUAGUAGUAUAAGAAUAGAAGAAAGUAGUCAUGCUUCUAGCCUAUAGAUAUAAUAUUAUGUAAAGUUAAAAUAGUAUAAGUACAUGUUAUUUCGUAAU